AUGCCCGCGACAACAGCCGAGACACUGUCCUUGGUGACACGAAACGUAUCCGUAGCGCCUCUCGUCCUCCUCUCCGUAGCAGAUCACUACGGCCGCUCAGCCAAAGGGACCCGGAAACGAGUCGUCGGUGUGCUCCUGGGACAGAACGAUGGCAAGAACGUGCGGGUAUCCAACAGCUUCGCCGUCCCCUUUGAAGAAGACGAGAAGGACCCGUCAGUAUGGUUCCUAGAUCACAACUACGUCGAGUCCAUGAACGACAUGUUCAAAAAAGUGAACGCACGAGAGAAGCUCAUAGGAUGGUACCACUCUGGGCCGAAGCUACGGGCGUCGGACUUGGAGAUCAACGAGCUGUUCAAACGAUACACGCCCAACCCGCUACUCGUCAUCAUCGAUGUGCAGCCGAAGGAGGUCGGCGUACCGACAGACGCAUAUUUUGCCGUGGAAGAGAUCAAAGAUGACGGCACCACCACAUCCAAAACCUUUGUCCACACGCCCUCGAUAAUAGAAGCCGAAGAAGCCGAAGAGAUCGGCGUGGAGCACCUCCUCCGCGACAUUCGCGACGUCGCCGUCGGCACCCUCUCCACCCGCAUAACCUCGCAGCUCCAGUCACUCCAGGGCCUGCACCUCCGCCUGCGCGACAUCGGCCAGUACCUGCAAAAAGUGCUCGACGGCGACCUUCCCGUAAACCAUGCCAUCCUGGGCAACCUCCAAGACGUCUUCAACCUGCUGCCCAACCUCUCGACGCCGAAGAUGGGCUCCUCGCCCGCCGCGGCGCUGGCCAACGGCGCGGGCAUGCCGAGCCAGACAGACAAUAGCGAGCUGGCGCGGGCAAUGAGCGUCAAGACGAAUGAUCAGCUCAUGACGAUCUACUUGAGCAGUCUGAUCAGGGCGAUAACGGCGUUCCAUGACCUGAUCGAGAACAAGAUCCAGAAUCGGCAGCAGCAGGAGGAGAAGGAUGAUAAGGUCAAUGGAAAGAAGGAUGACGGCGUGAUUGGGAACAAGGCGGAUAAGGAUGUCAAGAUUAAUGGGGUGCCGAAUAAGGACAUGAAGGAUGAGAAGCCGGAACCGGGAAAGGGGAGAGAUCCGACGGGCGAUAGGAAGAAGGAUGGGAGGUUAUGA